UUCCCUUUUCCACUUCUCAAUUGGGUAGAAAGAAGUUCAUGCGAAUUAUUUGGAGCGUCUUGGCAAUCAACGGUCUUGAAAAUCGAAACGAUUUACAAGGAACUAAAGUUAGAGCCGGAACGAUUAUAAGGACUUUAAAAUUGGCAGGAACAAUUUUUGGAAGGGCAAUGACAAAAUUAGGACAAG